GAGACGAGCAGCGCGAUCAAAACUUUUCGUAUCAAAAAACCAAUCAGCAGUGUGUGUCGAAGCGUGCGGUGCAGUUUGUGAAAAUUUCUUGCGAAUUAUUCUGGAUUAUUUUGUGGAAAAGUGCUUCUAAUGUGGGAAAACUUGUAGAACAGUGAGAAAUAGUGUGGCGAACUACAAUUCUCAGUAAUUGCAAGUGAAAUUUUGUGCAAUUGGCUGUUAUGUAGGAAAUGAUUAACUUUUGUCUUCACCCAGCUGAAAGACUCCCUUGUUUGUGGGUCGAGUGACUAUUGAAGGUUAGAAGUGAUUAACGAAAAAUAUUCAAUUGGAUGGAUUAGAAAUGUUAUCAGAUCGGUGAAAAGUCAAAGUGAGUCAGUGUUCUGAACUGAGAAGAAGGAAAAAUCUUUUAACAAAAGAAGCUGUGAAAAUUGUGAACGGUGAUCGAGUGAAUUUCGUUGUGUCAAACGAAGUGAGAUAAAAUACAUUUCUGCAGAAUGCACCAGCCACGAUGAAGCGUGGUCGUACGGAAGAAAUUCAGUUCGGGCAGCCCCCUCGGGCCGGUGGGACUGCCCCCCAUCAGCGUCUGAUCACGACGAGCCAACCGCAUAAUCCCGGACCCACGAUACAGUACCAGAUAUCGCCGAAUGUUAUCAAAACGACCGCGCCCGCCGACGUGGUGGCAAAUUUGAGCCAAUCUCAGCAGGUGCAGCAACAGCAAACGGUGGCCCAGCAGAGCCAGCAGCAGUCGCAAGUGUCCCAGCCAGUGCCACCUCCUCCUUCCCAGCAGCCGCCCAGCGUCCAAUAUACGACAUCAUAUACAGCGGCAAUCGGCGGCACAAAUCUGGUAAAAACAACCAGUCAUGGACAACCGACUGGGCCUCCACCAGCCCAACAAAUCCACGUAGUUAAUACGACAAGCCAAGUUCGUGGCCACAAAGGCACAACGAAUUCCAACGCUGGAACAAACCAAGUGAUAACAACAAUGCCGGCGAAUGUAAUCUCGAAUACGCAACCACAACCGCCGCCGCCACCACCACCCCAAGGUCAAGCCCAAUUCCAGCGAUUGAAGGUCGAAGACGCGCUCAGUUAUCUCGAUCAGGUAAAGUUUCGCUUCGGAAAUCAGCCGCAGGUCUACAAUGAUUUCUUGGAUAUCAUGAAGGAAUUCAAAUCCCAAAGCAUCGAUACGCCCGGUGUCAUACAGCGGGUGUCGAACUUAUUCAAGGGCCAUCCUGAAUUGAUUGUGGGUUUCAACACCUUCCUGCCGCCUGGCUACAAGAUCGAAGUGCAGGCAAACGAUCAAGGCUAUGCCUUCCAAGUGUCCGUUUCAGUGCCAUCGACGUCAGCCGGAACUACGGUCGCCCCGCAACCUUCCCCCCAUAAGUACAAUACUAUUUUCCAAGGUGGUGGUCAAAUCGUACAAACUGGCAACACUGCUGUGAAUUUAGUAACCUACGGGCACUUGUCCGGUUCGGUUCACACAACUAUUCAACCAGCAAGUAGCACCGGGCCUCCAACACAGACCUCCAAUGUUACUAGUAUUCCAACAAUUCCUCAGUCCCCGCAAAACUUCUCGAGGGAUCGGGAACGAACGAUCUCCGGGGGCAGCGGAGGACCGGCUAUGCCUCCCAGUAGCACCUCUGUGGGAAACGUUACGCCCGAUCCGUCUACAAUUAACAGUCAGCAAAAUCUCCAUCGAAUGAUCUCUCAAACAGUGAUUCCUCAUCCACCUCAACAGCAACCACCUCCCCCGGAACCGACCGCUGGUAAUGCGCAGCCAAAUCAACCGGUAGAGUUCAAUCAUGCCAUCACUUAUGUCAAUAAAAUCAAAAAUCGUUUUCAGUCUCAACCUGAAAAGUAUAAGCGCUUCCUGGAGAUUUUGCACACCUACCAGAAAGAACAGAAAAUUCACAAGGAAGGCACGCAAGGAGGCUGCAAUUCCGGUGCAAAACAGCUAACCGAAGCCGAGGUGUACACCCAGGUGGCAAAGCUGUUCGACAACCAGGAGGAUCUCCUGAGGGAAUUCGGGCAAUUUUUACCGGAUGCGACCAGCCAUGCACCGAUGCAUGUCAACAAAAAUCACUCCAUGCAUGAGCAGGUUCAACCUCCUCCGCCACAGCAAACGCACGGCAAGAAAAUGUCGGGCAGUGUGAUGAACGCAAAUUUAAAACCAUUCAACAGCUCACAUACUGGUGGCCUGGGACGUCUGCAGGACAGAGAUUACGGUCCAAGUGAGAAGGAUUAUUCCAGUGGAGGAAUAGGAGGUGGUCGAGGCGGUAGCAUGGGCCUCGAGAAGGAACCACGGAAUCACGUAAGCAAUCCAAAGUACGCUCAUAGCACAUCUGGAAUGCAGGGCGGUGGGCACGGUGGAGGCGGUAAUAUCAUUAAAAGAUCACCAUCCUAUUCGCAAGUACCGUCGCAUGGACACAACCUUUCCACAAGGGAUCGUGAAGGCCCUCCGAUCAAGCGUCACAAACCAAUUUGUAGAGACAUAACGCUGGCUGAGGCUUCGAAGUUCGGUACGUUGAAUGAUUAUGCUUUCUUUGAUAAGGUUCGGAAAGCGUUACGGAGUCCCGAUGUCUAUGAUAAUUUUCUGCGAUGUUUGACAUUAUUCAAUCAAGAAAUUGUGUCGAAAUCAGAAUUACAAACCUUGGUGACACCGUUUCUCAGCAGGUUUCCCGAUCUGCUGAAGUGGUUCCAGGAUUUCCUUGGCCCCUCUACGGUGCCCGAAUGCGUUCCGUUGGCUUCGGCCCAGCGGCAAGAUCGAUCUCAAAGUGAAUUGGCCACCGAUAUUGAUUUGUCCACGUGCAAGCGACUCGGUGCUAGUUACUGUGCUCUUCCGAAAUCUCAUGAAAACGUAAAAUGCACUGGCAGAACUGCGCUCUGCCGAGACGUACUAAACGAUACCUGGGUCUCAUUCCCGACAUGGGCAGAGGAUUCAACCUUUGUCACGUCGCGGAAAACGCAAUACGAAGAGUUUAUCUAUCGCUGCGAGGAUGAACGAUUCGAGCUGGAUGUUGUGAUAGAAACCAACAGCGCGACGAUACGAGUGCUGGAGGGUGUCCAGAAGAAGCUAAGUCGGAUGUCCCAGGAUGAGGUCAGCCGGUUCCGGCUGGAUGAAUGUCUGGGCGGUACCUCGGCGACGAUACAUCAGCGAGCGCUGAAGCGAAUCUACGGUGAUAAGGCAUCUGAUAUUAUCCAAGGAUUGAGAAAGAACCCGGUCGUGGCCGUGCCGGUUGUAUUGCGGAGGUUGAAAGCCAAGGAAGAGGAAUGGCGCGAAGCGCAAAAGGGUUUCAACAAGCAGUGGCGUGAGCAGAACGAAAAGUACUAUCUGAAGUCUCUGGAUCACCAGGGCAUUAAUUUUAAGCAAAAUGACAUUAAGGCGCUCCGAUCGAAAAGUUUGUUCAAUGAAAUUGAAACGCUUUUUGAUGAGGUGAGUUACAUGAAGCGUCACGAGCAAGGUGAGGAUGGCAGCUCCAACCCACUUACGUGUGGACCCCACCUGAUUCUGCCCUACAAAGAUAAGACCAUACUGGAUGAUGCGACAAAUCUACUUAUUCAUCACGUUAAACGGCAAACCGGUAUCCAGAAACAGGAGAAAGCUCGCAUCAAGCACAUCCUGCGGCAGUUUGUUCCGGAUUUGUUCUUCGCCCCUCGUCAACAGCUUAGUGAUGAUGAACGAGAGGAGGAUGAUAGAGACAUGGAUGUAGAUCAGGAGCAAGAGGAUGAUAAUAAGUCAUCGAAGAACGGCAGCAAGAACAAUGGCAGCAGUAAUUCAACAAGUGCAAGCACAAGUGGGAAUGGAGGCGUAAGUAACAUCGAUAAAGAUGUUUUCGCCGCUGCUAUUAAAGAAGAAACACCGGAUAGUACGACGACAGGCUCCAAGCCUACCCCAACGGCAGUGACAAGCAGUAGUUCCCCUGACAGUGGAUUAACAAUGUCCGGAUCACCUUCGGCUAGCGGAGCGAUCAGUCAAUCGACUAGUGGCGCACCUGUGGUCGACAGCAGUAUCACAUCGGGUGCCAAUCGAUCAUCUACGGAAGACAGCGGCAAGGAAAAUGUGCCGGAUAGUGCUAUAAAAGUGGAGAUUAAGCAGGAGCAUGAUUCAGAGCAACAUAUCGGCGGUGCGAGCUCGACAGGACUUUUGUCGGGAACUGCGCAACAGCAAUCGUCAUCCAACCCACCACUUCCAGCUCAUGCGAUCAGUAAACAUUAUGAAGAAGCAUACACGCUCUUCUUCACCAACAACAACUGGUAUCUGUUCCUGCGAUUACACGCGAUUCUGUGCGAACGACUUCGAUCCAUCUAUGAACGUGCGCAGAUCAUUGCCACCGAGGAGCGCAUGUAUCAAAACUCGCGAAACAACAGUACGGCCACGGCGCUGCGUCUAAAACCGAAGAGCGAAAUAAAGGUUGAAGAUUUUUACGCAACCUUCCUGGAGAUGCUCAAGAAUGUGCUCGAUGGCAACAUGGAGGCCAGCAACUUUGAGGAUUCCCUUCGAGAAAUGUUCGGCAUCCAUGCCUACAUCGCAUUUACGCUGGACCGGGUUGUCCAAAAUGCCGUUCGGCAGCUGCAACAUUGCGUUACGGAACGGGGUGCUCUGGAAUGUGUCGAAUUGUUCCAACUCGAGCAACGCAAAGGCGGCGCCGGCGGACUCUGUCGCACCGCGAAUCGUCGAGUGGCUCAGGAACUAGCAUACCAACGGAAGGCAGAAGCAGCUCUCCAGGACGAAAACUGUUUCAAGGUGUAUCUUUACAAAAUUGAUUGCAAAGUAACGAUCGAACUGUUGGACACCGAAACGGACGAUACGGCGCAGAACUUCAACAGUGCCCAAAACUACAGCAACUACGUCGACCGGCUGUCGAAUCCAGCAGCCACCGGCACCGGUAGUGAAAGCGGUGCCAGCAUAGCCGGUGGCGCCACCAACGUGGAAAUCAAAACCGAGAAACCGGACGAUGAUCUGAACUUCGGCAGCGGUAACCGAAAAGCUCGGUUUCUGCAUCGGAAUCUACGGCGAUGCAAAGGGCCACAGACCACUGCGCAGGAGCUUCGAAAAGAUUCCUCUUCGCCAACGGACGAGCGUGACAGUAAAUCACCGAUCUCCGGAGGUGGAACAACCACAAUGGCUGCUCCGAAGUUGAACAAUGUUGCUGGAUCGCAGUCCAGCAGCGAAGGCGGAUCCAACAAUAACAACAACAACACUCUGAAGAAGGACGCCACCGAAGCGGUAUCCGCGGUGUGGAACCAUAAGGGAAAAUCUAAUCAGGCACCCGAACGGUUGCCCAGCAGCAAUGGUGACCAAAGCUACUACGUGGACGAUCGGGAACAAUUACGGCUAAGCAUGAACAACAACAAGUUUAGCUAUGUGCUAAACAAACAUCACAUCUUUUACAAGCGCAAGUCGCUGCUUAGGGCGCGAGAGACGCAUCCAACCGUGACGAAAACAAUGCACCAACGAUUCGACGCCUUCGUGCAGCGCUGGCUUGAUCAGAACGUGAGCGAAGCACAGCGGACGCAGUGUAACGAUUGGUUGCUCGGCACCCGGCUGGACCUGGUCAAGAAUGUGACGGUCGUCCGGCAAAACAAUGACGUCAGCCGGACGCCGUACAUGCCCUAUAAUCGGUACAAAGUGGAAAAGGUCGACCAUCAUCUGUAAAAUACUGCUGUGAAGCCUUUGUGAUCAUGAAGUUGUGGUACGUAGAAAAGGCUGGACCCCAUCGAACGUAGAUUAACGAAACUUGACAACCGUAUAAGGCGACACGCAGCUGAGAAAGUAUUAACAUUGCAAAUAAUACUUUAAAUAAGGGCCAAUCCAAGUGAGGUCAUAUUUACUUGUUUGUAAUUAGUAGACGGUAAGUAUCUUUCCUUAUGUUUUGAUUUCUCGAUUCAAAAGGGAAACCUCGUUUUACUGUAAUUCAUUUUUUAUUAAAUUGAUUACUAGGUAAGCAGAGUUUUUAACAAUAGAAUUAAAAACAAUACAAUGAAAACCUACAAAAGCUAAUUCUUGAGAAUUAUGUACAAUUGAGAGUAGUUCAAUAUAUAUUAUAUGAAAGGCGCGAUCGAAAGUUCAUAAUUAGCCAAAAAUGCUAUGAAAUAUUGAAAUACUAGAUAAAGAGACAGCAGCAGACACAGUUAAUUUAAUUCAAGCAUCGCAAUGAUAACAAUUUGAACUCUUACGAUUAGAAUACCCUUAUAAAAGAAUAAACGUAGUUAAUAGGAGAUAAGAGACAAAACGCAUUCAAUCAACAUUUGAAACGCCAGACAUUUAAACCUUAAGGUUGUAGAGUAUGCAGGAACGAUUAAGGAUCCGCUGCAAUGGUUGCAGUGCAAACCUCCCUGUUGUGAUGGAAUGUUGUGCACGAGAAUAUCAGAAUGCUGAAGCGUUACAUUUAAAUCUCAUGCAAUCUUCGUUACUCAAGCUGAAUGAGAAUUCUGAUAUUUGAGAAUAUAGACGCUUUGUUAAGUAGAGCAACCCACUAUUUCAGUUUUCCCUUUUGAGUAAGCGCUAAUAUAAUAAUUUAAAAGAAGAUCCGAGAGUACGCAAAUAAAUAUUCGAUAGAGAAAGAGAUCAGCACAUAGAGAGAUAAAUUAAGGUAGUGUAAGGUAUUUUCCACUGUGAAUACAAACUUGAAAAAUGAAAAUAUUUAAAACUACGUCAAACGCGCGUCAAUAAAUGUAAAGUUAUUUAAAAA